AUGAGUUCACUGUAUUAUGCCAACGCGUUUCUUUCCCAGUACCAAGCGGCAAGUUCGGUUUUCCCAACUGGAGUGUUUCCUGAACAAACUUCUUGCGCCUUCGCGUCCAGUUCACAGCGGACCAGCGCCUAUGGCUCGGGCGCUACCGGUUCGCCGUUCUCUACCUCCACCCCCUCGUCCUCCGCCUCUCUGCCGAGUUUGUACAGUGACAGUGGAAGUCUGUCCACCCACAGCCAAGGCAUGUACUCCGCAGCUUAUGGGCUGGGCGCCGGCGCUUUGAGCAUGCACGGUUCACGCUUUGAGCACCCGAGCCUGUCCAUGAUGUGCGCCGCCGACCCGACCAAGGCGGUCAGCUGCGGCAAGGCAGAGCAGCGGAGCUGCCAUCAACACAACGAGGACAACCUCCGGAUAUACCCGUGGAUGAGAAGUACAGGUGCCGACAGAAAGAGAGGCCGCCAGACCUACAGCCGCUAUCAGACUCUGGAACUCGAGAAGGAGUUCCACUUCAACCGCUACCUGACCCGCAGAAGGCGCAUAGAAAUCGCGCACGCCCUGUGCCUGACCGAGCGCCAGAUCAAAAUAUGGUUCCAGAACCGACGGAUGAAGUGGAAAAAGGAGAACAAGACGGCACACCCUAGCUCUCCCGUUGCGGAGCCAACCGGAGGGGACGAGGAAGAAGAGGAUGAUGAGGAGGAGUAGCAAAGGGGAGAAUAAGAGAGAGAGAGAGAGAGAGAGAGAGAGAGACAGAGAGAGAGGAAAUCUCAGACUGACGUUAGACCGAAAAGUGACACAGCCUCCUUAAUUUCGUGAUACACUGAGUAAAGCAAACACUACUACCUAUAAAGUAACUGCCCUUCAAAUGUAAACUUCUCCACCUACUUGUUUAUGGGUUUAUACUCUUUAAAGAACUAAACAAGUAAGCAUUCGUUCUUUAAACUAUGCAACAUCCAGUUUGGUUGCAGUAGAAUUAAAAAUUAUAUUUAAUGUCUUUCAUUGUUGUUACUUAACAAUGUAAAAGGGAGCCUUUGUGCAACAUUCAAAAAAUGUCAUUAUUUUUAAAUGCAGGUUAUGCGUACUGUGGCCUUUAAUAUAUUUGAAUGUACAUUUGUGUUAUAAUUUUUUUUAUUUCUGUCUUAUUUGUAGCAUGAUGGCAUUUUAAAUGCUUUUUGUUUGUUAUUCUCCGAGUUAUGUACAGUGGACCAUAAGAUGUAUACAUUUUCGUGUCACGAGGAAUUGUGUCAUUAAAACGAAAAUGAAUGUGAAGAA